ACAAACUACAACUUCUCAAACCCCCUCUUGGAAGAGUGUACUCAAAACCACCACUUCAGCCACCUGGAAGCGGUGGGAAGUACCUGAAGCUAGCGCCCGGAGCAUGCGCAGCACGGUGGCACGGUGGGCGUGGCUCAUUUCUUCCUUCCCGCCUCCAUGACGUCACCUCACGCAGAGCCACGAGGAUGCGCAUGCGCGACUGAGCCCCGGAGGCGGUGCUGCCACAUCCGGGUGUUCGGCGGCCUGUGGUUGUUUUGUUUUCUUGGCUGAAAUCAGAAGAAAGCGAGGCGGCCCGGUGUGGCGCAACGGCAGGCUGCGGACUUACUUCACAGGCGAGGUCGCGCGCUUGCUGCCCAGAGGCAUCCGGCUCCUUGCUGCAGUAGAAAGACUCCUACGCAGGAUCCUCUGAGGCAACACCUGCGUGGGGCAAACUCAGACCUCUGCCUGCACAAACAAGUGUUGCAGCUUAUUUAGCUCUGCCGUGACCUGAGAAAAUGUCUGGAUUUCUAGAAGGCCUGCGAUGCUCAGAAUGCAUCGACUGGGGGGAAAAGCGCAAUACUAUUGCUUCCAUUGCUGCUGGCGUCCUAUUUUUUACAGGCUGGUGGAUUAUCAUCGAUGCAGCAGUUAUUUAUCCCUCUAUGGAAGAGUUCAACCACUCAUACCAUGCCUGUGGUGUGAUAGCAACCAUAGCCUUCCUAAUGAUUAAUGCAGUAUCAAAUGGACAAGUCCGAGGUGAUAGUUACAGUGAAGGUUGUCUGGGUCAAACAGGUGCUCGCAUUUGGCUAUUUAUUGGUUUCAUGUUGGCCUUUGGAUCUCUGAUUGCAUCUAUGUGGAUUCUCUUUGGAGGUUAUGUUGUUAAAGAAAAACCCACAGUUUACCCUGGAAUUGCCGUAUUUUUCCAGAAUGCCUUCAUCUUUUUUGGAGGACUGGUUUUUAAGUUCGGCCGCACUGAAGACUUAUGGCAGUGAAAACCUGUCCUACAGCACAGCAGCCCUGCCUGGGUUUUUUACGCUCACUCCCGGUCUUUUGUAAUGGCAUUUUCUAAACUUAUUUCUGAGUGUAGUCUUGGUUUAAAGUUGUGUAAUACAAAAAUCAUGAGAACUUCCAAUUUGAACAACAGAAUAAUCUAUUGUGAUUUGUACUUGAUUAACUUAUAAAAUGUUAAAGGAAAAUACUUCACAGGGGAAAUUUUUUAUCAGAUUUCAUCAUGGUAUAAUUUGUAAAAAUAAAAUCAUGGCUAUAUCAUUACGAGUAUUUGUCACACCUGAGGUCCAAAACUGAAGUUAAAAUUAUCUAAAGAUUUAAUGUACUUAUUUAAAUGUGGCAUCUUCAGUGUUAACGUUAAAUGAAAUGUAAACAUUUUCUUGUUCUUAAAAACUGUUCAUUGGCCAGAAUUGUUUUUCACUAUACUUUGUUUGGCUUACACAGUUUUACCAAGAAUUCUAUAAACAUUUCAGUGUAAAUAGCUGUUGAGGGCUUCCUAAGCAGUGAAAUGAACAUGUCAGAAGAGAGAAGCCCCACGAUCCUGCCGCCAGACUCGUCAUGUCCCUUCCGUGGGGAUCUCCUCCACUGUGCCGCUCAUUCUAGGGGAUAAGGGGUAUAAGUCAGCCUGGACACUUGGUCCUGGUGGAACGCUGACAGUCGUUUCACAUCCACCGUUGAAGGAAGAAAAAAAGGGUAAGGACUUGAUGCUCCAGUCCCUUACCCAGGUGAAUUUUUUGUUGUUGUUGACGGUGGUGGUCUGAUAAUGGAAUUGGCUGCCAUGUUGUUUCAUUUUAUCUGUUUAGGAGACUGAACCACUAAGCUCAUGCUACACCUGCCAGGUCAAUUAUAGUUACAAACAGUAUUGGUAAUUCUCAUACUUUUUCCUUAAGAAGAGCUUUGUUAUUGUCCCAGGCGUCCCACCUUAGCAAAACGGAAUUUAUUUUUUAAUAAGCUAGCUAUCAGAUAAAUGUUCUUCAGAACUACAGCUUGAAUGUUUUCUCUCAUAAAACUUGUUACAAUUAGCUCUUCAUUAAACAUAAAAUAUCUCUUACGUGA